ACGUCAACUUCCUCUUUCUACAAAGAGCUGUCAGGAGUUAGCAGUGCUCAUUUUUAUUUAUUUAUCGACGAGAUGGAUGUGGUUCUGUAUAUCGUAGCUGCGAUUAUUCUGCUCGUCCUGAUCGUGUUCGCUGUGAGAGUUCGUGGACGGACUGAGGAAGCGGACCGCGAGGAGCGGCGGGAUGUGGCGUCUCGAGCCGCGGCGCGUCCACAGGCCCUGGAGGAGCGUCCCGCGGGAAUGCCCCGCCGCCGGAGGAACCUGCACACCCGAGUGAGCGCGCAGCGGGCACAGCAGGCAUCGGACAACGAGGACAGCCCCACGGAGGCCGACGAGCCGCUGUCGGAGGAGCGUCCUCAAGCCGCCGGGAAAGUGGGAGCGAAGAAGCAGAGGAAGCUGGAGGAGAAGCAGGCGCGGAAAGCUCAGCGAGAGGCCGAGCUGGAGGAGCAAGUGGAGAGGAAGAAGAUGCAGGAGCUGCGAGAUCAGGAGAGACAGAAAGAUGAGGAGAAGGAGAAACUGCUGGAGCAGAAACAGGAGGAAGAGCUGCGUCGUGCCAAAGAGGAUCAGGAGAAGAGAGAGGAGGAGGAGUACCAGCGGAUAAAGGAGGCGUUCGUGAUCGAGGACCAGGGAGAAGCAGAAGAGCUGGACGAGCAAGAGUCUCGCAACCUCCUGCAAGAGUUCAUCCAGUACGUCAAGAAAUCGAAAGUGGUUUUGCUGGAGGACUUGGCGUCUCACUUUGGCUUGCGCACACAGGAUGCUAUUGCCAGACUUCAGGACCUGAUCGCAGACGGUUCCCUUACAGGAGUGAUCGACGACCGAGGGAAGUUUAUCUACAUCACCCUGGAGGAGUUGAGCGCUGUGGCUCAGUUCAUCAAGCAGAGAGGAAGAGUGUCCAUCUCUGAACUCGCUCAAGCCAGCAACACCCUCAUAAACCUCACGCCCGACAUCCACAGCGCACCAGCGUAACACAAAGGACUCGACAAUCCAGUGGGAUGCAGCAUAUCAUUCAUAGUCUGGAAUGGCAGAGCUACGGAUAGAGCUCGUAACAAAGGAAACUUUAUAUCCCACAAUUCUGACUUUAAUUCUUGCAAUUUUUCAGAAUUUGGUUUAAAUCUCACUAUUCAGAGUUAAUACACUGCAAAAAAUGCUUUUCUUAUUUAGUUUUUGUGUCUUGUUUCCAGUCCAAAUAUCUAAAAAUUAUUAAAUCAAGAUGCAUUAACUAGAUAUUAUUAUCAUAUUAUGUUUUGUUUUCUGGGGAAAUAAAUCCAAAUUAGCUGAGUUGUUGCUUAAAACAAGCAAAAUUAUCAAUAAUGUUAAUUCAAACAGAAACAAGAUUGUUUUUCUGACUCCAUUGGCAGAUCAUUAAACUCACUUAAUUUCCCCAGAAAACAAGACAUAAUAUCUAAUGGCAUUUUACUCAUCUAGUAAAUGCAUCUUGAUUUAAGCAUAUUUAGAUAUUUGGACUGGAAACAAGACAAAAAAAAUGCUAAUUAUGAUUUCAUGGACUCUGAAUUGGAUUUUGAGUGCUUGAGAAGAAGAUUGUAUAUCAUUAGUCUUACACACACAUUUAAGGCAGGGUUCUCACUCCUGUGGAAAACUGAACAUGAGGGGAUUUUAAAACUGAUCAAUGGAGUUUUGUUUUUCAUAAUAUAUUUUUUCUAGCAAGAAUCAAGUCUACUAUAGGCCUAUUUCAUGCACUGUUAAAUGACCGCUUAAGGCCUUUAUCACAAACAACCUAAAAAGUCAUGGAUAUUUAUUGGUCAGAAACUGGGAACCCUGUCACUGUUGACUGUCCUGUUUAAUAAAAAAAGCAUCACAAACUA